UACGUUAGGCAUGCGUUGGGUGUGCCAGAAGGAAGAACAAUUAAUAAACCUGAGCUAUAAGUGACCAAUAUGUUAUAUUGAGUGUUAUGUCAUAGUGUUGUGCAAAGAGAAGAAAGACUAACUACAAUCAUUGUAUAAAGUUUACAUUGUAAUAAGUGCAUUACCGUCACCAUGUUCUGGUUGGUGAUGUUAAUGUCAGCUGCCACGAGCUGUGUGCAUGCACAGUUGACGGCUCAGACGAGUGUAGCUCCCGACCUCAGAGAAUGUUACACAGACACAAUGUUAAUAAACAGAAACAACCUACCACCAACAUCAAUGUCUGUUUUAAUAGAUAUAAUCACUAAAAUUGAGGACAACCCCAAUGUUAACAUGGAUUUGAGGCAAUUGGUUGUUAUAUUACUUCAAACAUACAGACAAGAUGGUAUUGAAUACCAUCAACCAGGAGCCAACAUAGUGUCAUCGUCCGUGUUGCCAUUCGCACCUACUUCCCAUUCAUUUUAUCGUAACAAGUUGCUUCUUACGAAAAUUAUUCCAGGCAAUUUGCAAGUUUUGUCCAAUAAUACUAUAAAUUCUACUUUAAAGUGCGCUCUACAUAAUAUGAUAUCAACCACAAUCGAUGCUCGCAUUCGUGGAAAUGAAAAUACCUGUAAUACAUUAGCGCAGUAUCGCGACUUAAGGACUAUUCGUGAUGUUUCACGUCAUGCUAUGAAAGAUGAUGUUGAAAUUUUGGAUCUCUCUAAAUUAAAUUCCGCAGAUAAAAACGGUCAAAUGAGACAAUUUAAUCCGAAAGACGAUAUCGAAUAUACAGAUCUAAAUGGGGUAAAAUCUGAACGUCAGUUACUAGGAGAGAGUCAAUGUCCAAUUCUUGGUGGGGUCGUUAACACACCAUGGGGUGCCGUGUCUGCUGGUAAUGUCCUGGCGGGUAUAGCUGGUGGAGCACAAUUCCAAACGAUACCAAUUUUGGAACUAGCUAAGGGUUCUAUAAUUGACGAUCCGAAUAUCCAACAAUUUGUUACAUCUACUUAUCCAACCACGUUAGCAGGAGAUUUAGCUGAAGCUGUUCUUAUUCAAAAUAUAGAAAGAGGUAGUACCUCUAUAUCGAUCGGUGCAGCUGGUAAUUGGAACUCAACGCAAGCGCAGAGAUACUAUAUGCUUAGCAGUCGAACUAAUAUUGAAAUUUCUGAUCCUGAAAUACGUGGUGGCAUGGAUGGAUUCAUAUUAGGCAACCUUGUGAAUUCUGCAUUACAGGGAUCAUCAUUAAAACUGUCACAGCUUCUUGAUAUGUAUUACUCUGCAAGGAAUGGAGUGUUCGAUUCAACUCGCAGAGCUUGUAAUCGAAGAAAUUUAAUUCAAGAACUCGUAACAAAUACUAAUUUAGUUGCUGAAACCUACGCGUUUGCUGCCGCUCUAGACACAAAUAUACCCCUACGUGGAACAAUUAUCGGAGGGUUAGAACAACCAGUUAACAGUGCUGUUACCAAUUUCCAAAGUUACGUAAGCAACAAUCUAAACGAUUUGAGCUGUUUCUCUACUGAUAUAAGUUCAAAUAACUACAGACUCAAGACAAAUCUUUACCUGGUGGUCGAUUCGUCCUGGCAGUAUCAGACCAUAUAUCCAGCCAUCUCCUUCAUUCUCGAUAACAUAGAAGUUGGAAAGUUUGGAUCAAGUGUUACUUUACUGAGUGCUUUCGACGGAAAUGUUAUAAUAAAUAAAACCUUUUCUCUGGCCGAUUUUCACAUAGAAUAUACAAUGGCGAGACAUCAAUCAUUACUCGGCGGUGUGAAUCUGGAAACAGCAUUAACAAAUAUUCGAAUUAUGAUGCAAAGUGAACUAGAAAAUGAACGAACAGCAAACUAUGUUGGCGGGAACUCUACAGUCAUUCUGUUUUUACUCAGCUCCAGUGUUCAAAAUACUCAAUUGACUUGGGAACAAGCGAGAAUUUUAAAUGAAACUGUACCAGAUUUAAGGAUGUUGUAUGCUACAGCAACGAACCAGUACGAUAAUCUCUGGACUUUAGUACGAGAUGUACACAAUGAUAUUCGGACGAUAUCUUUAAAUUCAGAUGGCAAUAAUGCAGCGACUGCGAUGAAUCCUGUACUUGCAAGUAUCGAACAAGUUGGACGAAGAAUAGUGAACCCCCUGUGUGGAUCAACUUAUAAUUCUGAAUCGAUAUCGGGCACAAGGCAGUUCGAUGAUUAUGUAGAACCGGGCUCCGUAAAUUAUUAUUCCAUCAGUCCCAAUUAUUUUUAUGGAGGGAACGGUAACAGGAGAGUUCGGAUUGUAAGGACUAAUGCAGGAAUGGGAAGUCUCGUAGUUUGUUACUCACGUUUCGUAACGCAACCGAGUCAAAACUCAACUACUACUGGUCAAGGUGAAAGUGAUGUGAUAUGUCAAACGUUGGCGAGCACUGGAAACGUUGAGAUCGAUCUGCAGAAUCCUUGUGACGGUCUUUGGACAGUCGGCUCUUGUCCAUUCUUUUACAUAUCUGUAUCGUCACUUGUGCCUGCAACAACAACAACUUUUACUUCAAUUUGUACAGAUAAUGCUUGCAGAUUCCCAUACAAUAUAAGGUAUCAAGUUCAAAUUAAUGACUUCGGAUGUUACAGCGGUUGUGGCAGAGUUGGAUUUAGUAUUGUCCUUUUAAUUUUCACUUAUCUUCUAAAUUAUUUUUAAAGAUGUAUACCUAUAAAAUUUAUUCUACGUAACAUUCCUACCGAAUUUAAUUUUGUUUUAAUUUGUAAUUAUAUUAUGUUAUAAAAUGA